UUUUGCCUGUACUAAAUCUUAUAUUACAGGCUACAGUAUUCUUCUACUUUCUCUAAGAGUCUGAGGUCUUUCUUGAAUUCCAAAACAACUAUAGCUAGAUCCAGUCAGCUAGAAUAGCCAUCCAAAUAGUUAAUUGAUUUCUUUAUAUCGCACCCCUGAGCCAUGCGGUUGUCAGCCACUUAAAGAUUAAACAAUAUUCAUACUCUGUCUCAAGUACCGGUGGAACAAAACUGCUAUGUGUACUGAUACCCAACCCAGAGCGCAGCGUUGGUUGGACUCCGCCCAACUAGCUUGCUACAUGCAAAUGACAAUAGCUUCAUUAAUUGUACUUUUAAAAUUUAUACCCUCCUCUAGACCUAUCUAGUUGUUGUACAACUUUGUACAACUUAUACUCAUCUCCUUUGUAGUUGAUAUUAAUGUACUUAAUUUUACCCCCUUCUCCUCUUUAGUUGCUACGGCAGCCAUUUAUUAAUAACUCAAAUCAGCCGAGUGAGCAGCUCCUAGGAGGGGAGGUGUCACCACAAGAACAGGACGAAGACAAGGCAAUGGGGCAGGAGAUGGUUGUCACUCCAAUCCCUGCGACUGGGGACACUAGUGAGAGCCAGUCGUACAGUAGUGCAGAGUCACAGCGGCUGGUACAAGGUUACAGCAGCAAGGAGAGUGUUGAGAAGCUGGAGGUGGUAGUCAAGAAACUACAGGAAGAGCUCAAGAAACAGACGGAUUUUAUACAAGAGCUGAGACAAGAUAACCAUAUUCCAGCCACUCAGAGUGAUCCAGGCCCCCUCUCCCCCACCGAGACCGAGUGCACAUUCUCGUUCCUAAGUGGAGAGGCUAACCCCCAACACGACGAAACCAUCCGGUUUGUCCCCAGUCCCACUUGGCCACCAUCACAGCUAGAGCACCAGAACUCUGUAGACUAGCUAGCGCUAACUAUACGAAACAUUUCUUUCUUCAAUCAUGUUAUAAUUAUUAUUGCCCAUAAAUUCUUAUUUACUUUUCUAAUUAUGUGAAGACCCUUGUCA